AUGUCGGCUCAAGAGAAGAACAAUAUCGAGUCCCUCGACGCUGAGAAGCAACACUCGGCUCAUCAAGAAUUCUCCGCUGAAGUUCUUGACAAGAAGGGCAAUGGUGAUUACUCUGGUGCUGCAGCGAAGACUGAUCCCGAGGAGAUCAAGUUGGUGAAGAAGUUGGACAGAUGGAUCAUGCCAACCCUCUGGUCAAUGUACUGGCUCAACUACCUCGACCGCAACGCCAUCACCCUGGCCCGACUAAACGGCUUCGAAGAAGAUCUCGGCCUCAAAGGCACAGAAUACAGCACAUCCGUCUCAAUCCUCUUCGUCGGUUACAUCCUAGGCCAAAUCCCCAGCAACAUGAUCAUCACCCGUGUCCGACCAUCCUACUACAUGGGCGGUUUCAUGAUGGCAUGGGCAGUCGUCAGUUCCCUCACCGCCGUAGUAAAAGAUUACAAAGGCGCCGUUCUCACGCGUUUCUUCCUCGGUGUCGUCGAAGCUCCGUAUUAUCCUGGUGCGCUGUACAUGCUGAGUACAUUCUACACGAGAAAGGAACUUGCGACCAGAAUUUCGAUCCUUUAUUCUGGAAAUGUUCUUGCUUCUGCUUUUGCGGGACUUAUCGCGGCGGGUGUGUUUAAGAUGGAUGGUAUGGCGGGUUUGUCUGGUUGGAGAUGGUUGUUUAUUCUCCAGGGUGCUGUGACUUUUGCUGUUGCUAUUGUAGCUUGCUUUACUCUUCCUGAUACGCCGUUGACGACACGAUGGCUCACUCCUGAGCAGCGACAACUUGCUCAUGAUCGUGUUGCGAGAGAUACAGUUGGUGAGAAAGGAAACGGUAACCCCUGGAGCGGCCUCCGCGAAGCCAUCGUCGACCCGAAAGUUUGGGUAUUUAUCGUCCUCCAACAUCUCCAUCUCGCGACAAACGGAUUCAAAAAUUUCUUUCCAACUAUCGUCAACACGCUGGGUUUCAAUACGACGAUUACUCUGGUGUUGACAUGUCCACCAUUCCUCAUCGCCGGCGCCCUGUCGAUUCUCUGGGCCAAGUCUUCAGGUCACUUCAACGAAAGCACAUGGCAUAUUACCAUUUCCAAAAUCGUUGCUACAUUUGGAUUCGUCCUUGCCUGUGCUACGAUGAAUGUUGGUGCGCGAUACUUUGCGAUGUGUGUUUUCACUAUUGGAACUUAUGGUGUCAACUCCAUCCUCCUCGCUUGGGUUGGAAACACAUGCGGUCAAACAAAGGAAAAGAAAGCUUCUGCUCUUGCUCUAGCGAACGUGAGUGCUACGCUGUCACUCAUUUGGACUCCUUAUCUGUGGCCAAAGUCUGAUGCGCCUCGAUAUAUCAUGCCUUUGGCCGCGAGUGCAGCGUUCGCCGUGGCGUGUAUCGCCGGAGUCUGGAUUCUCAAGUGGAUGCUUAUUAGAGCCAACAGAAAGAUCAGACAGUCUGACUCGGAGGCUACUCUAUUCUUCGCUUACUAG